AUGCAUUCAGAACAAAUUGUGAAGCAAUACCUAAAUGAAUUAAAACUUUAAAUAUCUGAUAUUCUAAAUAUUGAUUAAGAAAAAUUCUUUAAGAAGCAGGCAGGUCAAUCUGAAUUAAUUUUGAUAUCUAGAAAUGUUGGAAAAAUUAAUAAGCGUAAUACAGAAUAAUAAAGAACUAUUGUUGUUACAAGUGAAAAUUUAUAUAAUAUUGAUAAAAAAUCAAUUAAAAGAAAGAUAUAAAUUCAAAAGAUAUUUGGUGUAACAGUCUCCAGAUCAAGUUUUGAAUUUAUUUUGCAUGUACCUUCAGAAACUGAUUAUCAUUAUAAAUCACAAGAGAAUAGAGAUAUAAUUUUAUAUUACUUAUCUAUAGUACUUAAACUGAAUAAUAAGGAUGGUUUAAAAAUAUAUUUAGUUGAUUAAGAAGAUCUUCAAUAAUUUUGUUUGCAUUAAAAAACUUCUGAUCUUUAAAAAUAAAUGGUAUUGCAUCCUAAAUCAAAAUUAUUAUUUCUAUAUCCUCAUGAUUUUUAAUUGUAAUAUAUAAACAUGUAAAACUAACCUACAAAAAGUUUGAAUAUUAAUCAUAAAAUUACAGUACUUUUUGUAAAUGAUAAAUUAAAAUUUAGAGUUAAAUUAGAAGAUUUCUCUAAAAAUGCAAUCAUAAAUUAGGGUUCUUUAACAAAACUAUUUUUAUUAAGUUUAAAAACAGAUCGAUAAAAAGUUCUGGUCUUGAAAACUAUUAGAUCAUCUGAUAUAGAUGUUGAUUUAAUGGAAUUCUUUCUUAAAAAUUAUGAAAUUGAACCCUUUAAUGAAUAAUUAGAAUUAUGCAUAAGAUAAACAGAUUUAAUUCACUUUUUUUUUAAAUUUGUGAAAGGAGGAGAUCUCUUUGCUCAUUUAUAGAAUAUUGGUACUUUUACAGAGAAUUAAGCAAAAUAUAUUAUUGCUUAAGUUGGUAUGGCUUUAUAAAGUAUACAUGAAAAAGGAAUUACUUAUGGAGAUUUAAAACCAGAAAAUAUUUUAAUAGAUGAAUAAGGAUAUAUAUAAUUAACUGAUUUUGGAUAUGGCAAAUUGAGAGUUUACUAAGAAUAUAAAAAAUAAUAAAAUAUUAACUUUUCUGUUGAAUAUGCAUCUCCAGAAUAUUUGAAAUUUGGAGAUUUGACUAGAAUGUCAGAUUGGUAUAGUAUGGGAAUAUUACUUUACGAAUUACUAGUUGGCAUUUCUCCAUUUUAUCAUCUAAACACAGAAAUUGCAAUUAAAUUAAUAUGCUAAGGAGAAUUGCAUUUUCCAAAAGGAACCACUAUUACUAAUGAAUGCAAGGAUCUCAUUUCUAAAUUGUUGUAGUAAGAUUCAUCUACAAGAAUUGGUUUCUCGAAUGAUUUCAAAGAAAUUUAAGCUCAUCCAUGGUUUUAAGAAAUAGAAUGGAUUGAAUUAAAACAAAAAAAAAAAGAAUUACCAUAUAUUCCUAAUAUUAUUGAAGGAACUCUUAUAUAAGAGCAAUAUAUAAAAUUGGAAUAACUAUGUGAUGAUGAAAGGGGUUGGUACUGA